AUGAAAGGUGCCAUUUUUGAGGAGAACGCAGCACGGGAUGAUGAGGUGUUUCAGUUGGCGAUCUCUGACCUCAGCCUCAACGAUGACAUUUUGCAGAGCGAGAAAAUCACCCACUCCAUAAAAUAUAUCGAACCCAACAACCCCUUUCAGGCAGUCCAGGAAGCAUGUGAACUGAUGACACAGGGGAUCCUAGCCUUGGUCACAUCUACAGGCUGUGCCUCGGCCAGUGCUCUGCAGUCCCUGACAGAUGCAAUGCACAUACCACACCUUUACAUCCAGCGAAACGCUGAAGGAUCACCUCGCACCGCAUGCCAACUCAAUCCAAGCCCCGAUGGAGAGCGAUACACCCUCGCAGCAAGACCGCCUGUCCGUCUAAGUGAUGUCAUGUUGACGUUAGUUGGUGAACUGCAUUGGCAGAAGUUCAUCGUCUUCUAUGACAGUGACUAUGAUAUCCGUGGACUACAAGUCUUUCUGGACCAGACAUCAAGACAGGGUUUGGAUGUGUCUCUGCAACGAGUGGAUAGGAACAUCAGUGGCGUGUUUUCCAGUUUGUUCACCUCCAUGCGCACAGAGGAGCUCAACCGCUACAGGGACACUCUCAGAAGGGCUAUCCUGCUCCUGAGCCCACAUGGAGCACAGGUCUUCAUCCAUCAGAUCAGAAACCUGUGA